UAAAAAUUUAACAAAUAACGAAAAAAAAUAAAAUAAAUGGCAAUUCAUUGUUAAGGAAAAAGUUGUCUCAUUUGGUUUGCUAAGUGUUCAUUUUAAAGUAACACAAAGAUACUAAAGAUAAUUGCAAUAUCUAUUAUUUGCAAUGAUUAUCAUAAAUUACAAGUAAAAAAGUAAAUGCAAAUGAAAAUUACAGUUAUAUAACUAACGUCAAUGAAGUGAAUUGUUAGUUUUAACGAUGAACAAUUCAAUUCGGUGCCUUUAUUUUUAUUAUCUUUAAAAACCUUAUUUGUUUACGUUUUCCUGAAAAAUGGCCAACUACUAAUGGUCAGUUACUGGUGCCUUUGCCUGAAAGGUGUUUUAAUGCGUUUCGCCAAGCUUCUUGGAACAAGGAUAUCUGAGGCACCCGUAUGACGAUGAGGGACAGCUUACUGUUUGUCUUUCACGUAAUCUCGUGUGUGCAAUUCAGUUUCGCGGUGUAUUAUGAUUACGUGCACGUUGUCGUGCCCCGUCGUUCUACAGAGAUUCACAGCGACUAUGGCGGGAAAUUCAAGUUCCUCACAUUCUGGAACGCGAUCGUACAAGCAAUAUUCUUCUUCAUAUGCAUGCUGAACGAUUGGUUCGGCACGAACGCCGUGAACCCGAAGAAACCGCCUUUCAUACGUAAACUGAAGGAUUUCGUCCAUGCGUCUUUCAGCUUCCCGGGAGCGAUGCUCGUCGGGAUAGUGUUCUGGACGCUGAUGUUCAUAGAUCGCGAAUUAAUAUUCCCGAAGGCCCUUGACGCGUAUUUCCCAUGGUGGCUGAACCAUUUGAUGCACACGAUGAUCGUGGUCUCGAUACUAGUGGAGACUAUACUGGCGCCAAGGAAAUACCCGAAACGAUUGCACGGAGUGCUCGCCACUACCGGCGUAGAAAUUCUAUAUACAAUCUGGAUGCACAUAAUCUAUUACAAGAGCAACGCUUGGGUGUACCCUGUAAUGGAUGUGAUGUCUUUCCCAGUGAGAAUGGUGUUCAUAGCAGCACUGCUGACAUUCGGUGCAAUCGUAUAUAUUGCGGGGGAGGCAUUGGACAACUUCGUUUGGGGUAACGAACACAAUAAACAGCAAAAGUCUCAUGCCAAGAGCAAGUAGCCUCGCCCGGUGGUUAGUCGCUGCCUUCGAUCAUGUUCGAUCUCAUCCAAGGUGGUGGUGAAUAAAACAAAACCAGAUGAAACGUUUUCUACUUCCCCGUAUCCAAUGUGUUAUCCGGAUCAGUAAUUCGAAGCAAAUAAUAUACACUUAACGUGCAUGCUAAGAUGGAGCGCGUGAUUUUCUUUACUUUUUUUUUUAAUUUUUUUUUUAAUAAACGGAACACUCAAAGAAAACAAAAAUAUAUGAAACGUGGUAUUGGUAACUCGAGAGGGGUGCGUAACUGAAGCAUGUAGGUUAUGAUCUCAUAUGGUUUGUGUUUCAUACACGUGCUGCAAAGGGGAAAACUAAUUGUAACUCGACACACACCAUACACACUGUACAGUGCCUGAUAUUCAUGGUAAUGUAAAUAAAUAGAGAACACGGAAAAUGUCAUACAUAUCUACGCUACUGUCUGUAAGUGUUCGAACGCCUCAGGAAUUCUUAUGAGAAUAUUUAGGAAUUUGAUUAGGCGAUUAGACAGUUUGAAGUUGAAGAAAUAAUUAGCGAACAGUGUUCGAAUACUUGGGGACGGAAGCGUAAGUUAUACGUAAAUACACGAUGCAAUACACGGUUAUACUUUUGUACGGUCGAUGACCCUUGUUAUCAUGACAAUAAAUCCGGAAAGAAAUGAAUGAGAACUAGAAUAGAAGGACACAUGGUACAGAGAACAACGAACUAUGGUUACGUGUGUGAAUUAAAAAUGUAUGACUCGCGUUUUUUUUGGGGGAAGCGUGUGUAUUAUACAGACACAUUCUCUACAUGCUUUUCUCGACACUAAAAUCGGGAUCUAUUUGUACCGAGUAUAGGGAAAAAAUACGUAGCCGAAAGUGAUGGACCAGAUUUGAAAGCGUGAAAGGAACGAAUCAAGAGGACCGUGGUUUCGCAGACCGAUCGGGGAAAUGAGAAUAAUGUCAUUCGCUGCAGUGACGUCGCAGCGGACACGUGCGGAGAGAACAGACUUCUUUUUAAGAUGAUACCAAGAAAACAAGUUCGACUGUUCCCCCCAUUUUUGUAUAGAGUACAAGAUUAAGACAACUAGUGGAUGAAGAGUUUGUUAAUACUUUUUGUUAUCUCUAGACAGAGUUGAAUAAAAAUUGUUACUUUCGA